CAGCUCACACACAGCGGCGCGCCACACUCUGGUAAACAUCCGGUGGAGUCCAAGCGUGCUCUCUUGAUAUUGAGUUCAUUUAGUCUAAUUCUGGCUGAAUUCAUUUAAAUCACCAUGAGUUUAUUUCUUCCUAAACUGUCGUGUAAAAAAGACAUUGAUGACGCCAUUAAAUCGGUCGCUGAGAAGGUGUUAGUUCUGCGAUUCGGCAGAGAUGAAGAUUCUGUGUGUCUACAGCUGGACGAGAUUCUGUCAAAGACGGCUCAUGAUCUGAGUAACAUGGCCAGCAUUUAUCUGGUGGAUGUGGACACGGUGCCGGUUUACACCAGAUACUUUGACAUCAGCUUCAUUCCCUCAACGGUGUUCUUCUUCAACGGACAGCACAUGAAGGUUGACUACGGAUCUCCAGAUCAUACCAAGUUUGUGGGAAGUUUCAAAACCAAACAGGACUUCAUGGAUCUGAUUGAAGUGAUCUAUCGAGGCGCCAUGAGAGGAAAACUGAUCGUCCAAAGCCCGAUUGACCCAAGAAACAUUCCCAAAUAUGAUCUACUGUACCAUGACAUCUAACACUGAGUUUUACCCAACAAAAUUAGAGUCAAGAAUCACAAGAAUCUGACAGAGUGACUAGUUAAAGUGAGCUUUGUCAGGAUGUAGAGUUUCCUGUGGAAAUGACAAUAUGAUGUAUUUAUUCUGCCUUUGUGAAGUUUUUGUAUGAUGUUUUCAGAGUAAAGCAUAUUGGUUGUACACUUCUA